AGCACAGUUAGCGGUGAAAGCAGCGUAAUCAACACAAGAGCAUUAGUGCCAGCAACUCCUAUCAUAAUUAAUAAUUAAAUGCGUGCGCAAGCAAAGCAACGCCAAUGUACAAACAAACUGAAAGAGCCACUUUAACAGAUCGCCGUCAGGUGGCAUUGUGGUUCACCUGGUCAUGCCUCACGCUGCACUGCCUCGGCAGUGUCGGUGUCGCGUCGGCGCUGGACUGGCAACAGGUUAAGCCGAUGUACCUGGUCUCCAUGUACCCGGGUCCGUUCGGUCUCUCCACCUCCUCGUCCUCCUCCCUCUCCUCCACGUCCCCCUUUUCCGGUUCCCUCGAACACGACGCGGAAAUGAGUGCCAGCAGUGUGGAGAGUCGCCAUAUCAAGGAUGACGGAGCCGGUGGUUUCAGCGAAGAGGACCUCGAGGAACGCGAGCCUCUCGUACUGAAUCUGGAGACAACGCCGCUGCUGGAGAAGAUGCUGCCGGAGGGCGCCAUGGCCAUGGAUCGGAUCUUUGGCGGAAACGUGGGAAACCCCCAUUGCUUCCCUUACCAGGUGGGCAUGCUCCUGCAGCGACCCAAAGGUCUGUACUGGUGUGGAGGCUCACUCAUCUCCGAGCAGUACGUUCUCACCGCCGCCCACUGCGUGGACAUGGCCAAGCGGGCUCUAGUUUUCCUGGGCGCCAAUGAGAUCAAGAAUGCCAAGGAGAAGGGUCAGGUGCGUCUGAUGGUUCCCAGCAGUAACUUCCAAAUCUAUCCCACCUGGAAUCCCAAAAGGCUGAAGGACGACAUUGCCCUAGUGCGAUUGCCGCAUGCAGUUAGCUUUAAUGAGCGCAUCCAUCCCAUCCAACUGCCCAAGCGCCAUUAUGAGUACCGCAGUUUUAAGAACAAGCUGGCUAUCGCCUCGGGAUGGGGUCGCUACGCCACCGGGGUGCAUGCCAUCAGCAACGUGCUCCGCUACGUUCAACUACAAAUCAUUGACGGAAGGACAUGCAAGUCCAACUUUCCGCUCUCCUAUCGCGGAACUAAUAUCUGCACCAGUGGUCGGAAUUCCCGAUCAACCUGCAACGGUGACUCCGGAGGACCUCUGGUUCUCCAGCGAAGACACUCAAAGAAACGGGUGCUGGUGGGCAUCACAUCGUUUGGCAGUAUAUAUGGCUGCGACCGGGGAUACCCGGCAGCCUUCACCAAGGUGGCUUCAUAUCUGGAUUGGAUCAGCGACGAGACAGGCGUCAGCUCUCACCAGGACACCACGGAGGCGAUAUUCUUUGACCAGUACGUACGGGAGUAUGGGAAGCCCAGGCAGAGCCGUAGACUAGAGACCGAGGAGCAGCCAGACGACGAUGUCCCCGACGAACUGGAUGUUCAUCCUAAUCCGAUUUCCGAAGAGGAUCUCUCCGAAAUCGUCACUCAUCGAACCCGCACCCGCCCACAGUCUGCAGAACACGAGUUCUAUUUCUUGUAAUCCAAAAAUAAACAUUUAUUUUAAGCUC